UUUUAUAAUUCUCCCUGAAGGACGGAGACGCUCAUCUAACCCAGCAUCGUGGAAGAGUUGCAGAGGUAACCUCACACUACCCAAGAUCCCCGAGUCCAACAUGGCUCUCAGUGUGUUGGGAGUGUUUUUGGGAUUGCUUCUCCAGGUCUCCGCGCACGGACCCUCCAGCGUACCCAGGACCUCAUGGAGACGGAAAGAUGUGAAUCUGGCCGAGUUCUCUGAGCCAGGCGUGUACAACUACUCCACGCUGCUGCUGAGCGAGGACAGGGGGGCUCUGUACGUCGGGGCCAGAGAGGCCAUCUUCGAGCUCAACAUCACUGAUGUAUCCGUCAAGUAUAACCAGGUGCGGUGGAAAGUUCAAGAGAGCGACAUGAAGAGGUGCACAUUAAAGGGGAAAUCUGCAGAGACCGACUGUCAGAACUACAUUCGGGUUCUUCAAGCUUUGGAUGAAGAGCAUCUGUAUGUGUGUGGAACCCACGCGUUUCAGCCCCUCUGUGAUUACCUGUCUCUGAAUGACUUCAGGUUGAUGAGGAAGCAGGAUGAUGGACGAGGAAAGUGUUCGUUCGACCCUGCUCAGAGUUUUACCACCGUCAUGGUCGAUGGCGAGCUGUACUCCGGGACAGCGUAUAACUUCCUGGGCAGCGAGCCGAUCAUCUCUAGGUUCUCCCGGCCUCAGAGUCUUCUGCGUACGGAGUACUCUACAUCCUGGCUCAACGAACCCAGUUUCGUGUUUGCCGAUGUGAUUCGGGAGGGACAGAACAGUCCAGACGGAGACGACGAUAAGAUUUAUUACUUCUUCACCGAGGUCUCUGUGGAGUACGAGUUCUUUGGCAAGCUCCUGAUUCCACGUAUAGCCCGUGUAUGCAAGGGUGAUUUAGGAGGACAGAGGACCCUGCAGAAGAAGUGGACCACCUUUCUGAAGGCCAAGCUGGUGUGCUCCAUGCCUGAACUUAAUUUUGUCUUUAACGUGGUCCAUGAUGUGUUCAUACUGAAAACCCCUGACUGGAGAGAAACCGUCAUCUACGGAGUCUUCACCUCCCAAUGGGGGAACGUGGGUCUCUCAGCAGUCUGUGCGUAUAACAUGACGUCAGUGGACGAGGUUUUCUCCAAUGGAAAGUACAUGCAGAAGGCCACAGUGGAGCAAUCCCACACCAAGUGGGUUCGAUACAACGGCAUCACGCCCUCGCCCAGACCUGGAGCGUGCAUCAACAACCAAAACCGCUUACAGAACAUCACAAACUCUCUGCUGCUGCCCGAUAAGACACUACAGUUUAUAAAAGACCACCCGCUCAUGGCCGACCCCGUGCUGCCCAUGGGCAACGGCCCUCGCCUGACCGCUAAAGACGUGAACUACACGCAGAUCGUUGUGGAAAGGGUCCGUGCCCUGGACAACAACGUCUACGAUGUCAUUUUCACCACUACUGAUAAAGGGUUUUUGCAUAAAUCGGUGGUGUAUGAAGGAGGUACGCACAUGGUCGAAGAGAUUCAGCUGCUGAAGAACCCCGAGCCAAUCAAAACCCUCCUGCUGUCCAAUAAAGAGGGUCGAUUCCUGUAUGCUGGUUCAGACUCAGGUGUGGUCCAGUCUCCUACUGCAUUCUGUGACAAAUACACGACCUGUGAGGACUGCGUUCUGGCUCGGGACCCGUACUGCGCCUGGGACCCGCACGGCACUUCCUGUGUUAAUAUUUUCCAGACGCAGGAAAACACCCAGCACCGGACGUUGAUUCAGAACCUUAAAGGAGAUGCAGACCGAUGUCCUGCAGCGAGGCCUCGCUCCAUUGCAGGCCCCCAGCUUGUGGUGGUAAAGCCAGGGAGUCCGGCGGAACUGGCGUGCAGCGUGCGCUCCAACCUGGCGCAGGUCUUCUGGAAGGUCAACGGUAGCGUCCUGAACGAGGCCGCUCACUUCCUGCCGAUGGGCGACUCCGGGCUGCUGAUCUACAGCGCGGCUCCGCAGAGCCAGGGCCGCUACGAGUGCUGGGCCGUCGAGGCCGCCGCCGGCAAGAACUUCAGCCGACUGGUAGCCACCUACGAGCUGCGUCUGGAUCUGCCCGAGAGCGCCUCCGCGUCGGCCGACAACCCGCAUCCGGCACGGUCGGACACGUCCACGUCACAGAUCGGCACCACCAAACCACCCAGAGCCUGCUUAUCCCUACCUUCCUCAUCUGUCGACUCCUCUGCCUCCUCCUCAGUCUCCACCGCCUCUUCCUCCUCAUCAUCACUCCGGAGGGGUUCGGCGGGCGGCGGCGCUCGUCUGCUCCCCCCGCUGUUAAGCGAGCAGUCGUGGGGCGUUAACGCCCACCAGGCCUUUCUCCUCUUCUGCCUGGCUCUCGGUGAGUGGCACUUCUGACCCGCGGCCUGCCUGGUUUGCUUCUGUGUCUCUGCCUGCUGUUGCUGUGUGUCCUGCUAUCUGUCCUCUACCUCAUUCUGAGCCUGGAAAAUCAAAAUCAGAGAGAGAUCAAAGGCUCCAUGAUCCAUGAACGUGCUUCCUUCCCCUCCUGAAUGGUGGCGGUGGGUACGGAUGUACUUCGCUCAUCUGUUAUCUGGAAGGAAGGAAUGAGAGCCUGGUGUGUAGUAUUAAUACAGCGCGCAUGGAUUUAUGUCUGCAUGUUGCCAGAUCUUCUAUAAACCAUCGUUUCAGUUUGGGUUACAUUUGCAUUCCCUGACCUACAGACUUUCAGAACUGUGUUGGUUUGAAUAUAAAGCUGCGAUUGGCUUUCGGUACAUUUUGCACAUCACCCGAGUUAAUAAUUUAUUUUAUUUUUCCAAGAAAUGUAAAUUUGUAAAUAGAAAUUUUCGUUUUUGGGUUCUUUUGUACGUUUGAUGACAAAUAGAGACUGAAAAUGAGCCCGGUGUAUAUUUGUAUAUUUGAUCUGAUGUACCUGCACAGUGUAAAUAUCAGUUCAUACAAAAAAAAGUCUUUGUAUUCUAGUAAAGGCCAAUAAAUUUUUGGUUUAACGAU